AUAAUCGGUCACGCAGUAUUUGCUGUGGAAUAACAAGCAACACGUUUAUUAGACGGAUAAGUCUUGAGAAAGCAGAAUGACCACCAAUAGAUGUUAUGAACGCGCACAUGAAAAUAAGCUUGCACUCGGUGGCAAAUGAAAACCACAGAACACAGGAAAUACAAACGACAUACAGGCUCUGUUGUCUGACAACUGUACACUGAAUCAGCUUCUCUUCUUCAGCUACAUCUGACAGGUUGGAAACGCUGGGUUUAAACCACGGUUUCAGCACUUGUUUCCAAGUGGUUUCAAUAGAUUGAGGCAAACUUGGAACUAUGGGAAAUUUUGCAAGCUGCAAGCGAAGAAAGAAGAAACCUGAAGAAGCUGCAGAACCAAAAGACACAGCAUCGGACUCUAGGACAGAAGACGUCCUCUACGCCUCCAUUAACCACUCUAACAUCAAUCCAGAAAGACCUAUUCCAAACCUGGAGGACAAUGACUGUGAUUAUGCUGUUGUAAAGCUCCCUCAAGAGACCACACAUAAGCACAAAAGCACUGAAGACUGUUCAGAUGAUUAUGUGCUCAUGGGCUGAGCAUCGAGAUGCGGAAGUGGCUGAAAUGAACCAAAAUGGAGACCUGAGAUUAACAGACACGUCUGCAAAGGCCCAGUGACUUUGUAUAGGUUACAGUGAUAUUAAGCGUUUAACAUUUUAUUUAUUUUUGGAUUUUUUUUUACAGUAACAUUAUACAUUUUCCAACGCAUUCAAAGUAAUUACAUUUUAUGCCUGUACACCCACCUGUGUAGGUUUGAAUAUGUUGUAAAUUUGUGUUUCUCAAGCACAUUCCUGGACGACCACCAGCUCUGCACAUAUUCCAUGUCACCAACACCAAACACACUUGAUUUAGAUUAUCAGCUCAUUAGCAGAGACUGUAAUAGGUGUGACUGACGAAAGAGACAUCCAAAACAUGCAGUGUUGGUGAUCCUCCAGGAGAGUGGUUGAGAAACACUGUUUUAAAUGAUCAAUUUGGUUUGUACACUCUCAGAAAUAAAAGGUACGCACCCGGUCAGUGGGUUCUGUGGGGUGGUACCUUUUCAAAAGGUACACAUUUGUACUUGAAGAGUCCAUAUUGGUACCUCAAAAGUAUAUAU